AUGGCGGAACUCGCGGCGACGUACCAUGAGCAGGGCCGAUAUGACGAGGCUGAGGGGCUUCAUCAAACCGCUUUAGACCUUCGCCGGCAUGUGCUUGGAGAAAACCAUCCGGAUACCAGGCAGAGUAUGGCGUACCUCGCCUCCACACAGGAGUCGUUACAACAACUGCCGUCUCUUAUAGAAUCAGUCCAGUCUUUGGCGAUCACGUAA